CAUCAUUGGUUAUUUUAUGGAUCCAGAUACACCACCCGAUACCUUAGUUUUACCUCAAAGAUAUGUUGGAACAGCAUUUGGUGGAAGAUGGAAUUUAGAACAAAAAGAAUAUCUCUGGUAUUCAAAGAAUUAUUCUGAUAUUUCCCAUCAUACUGGAGUAUUUCUUGGUGAUGAAUUCAUCAAAAUUGUGGAUGAAAUUGGUUCUGAAAAAUUGGUUGUGGUAGUUUUAGAUAAUGCAUUUGAAGCUCAAGUUGCAUGA